AUGUUUGCUAGCUUAAUAUUCACAUUGGUCGCUGUGAUCAACUUUACAAAUGCAUUCUACCUACCAGGUGUUGCUCCUACUUCGUACAAAGAGAAUGAGAAGAUUCCAUUAUUAGUGAACCAUAUCACACCUAGUGUGUUUCAUGAAAACAAAAAUAAAGAAGAUUAUGUGUAUUCAUUUGAUCACUAUCAUCCAAUGCUGCAUUUUUGUCAACCUGAAAAACUAGAAAAACAACCAGAAUCAUUGGGUUCAAUCAUAUUCGGUGAUCGUAUUUAUAACUCUGCGUUUGAUAUCACAAUGUUGAAAAAUGAAACCUGUAAAAGUUUGUGUCAAACAACUUAUCCACCAACUGAUGCUGGAUUUGUCAACAAAUUGAUUGAAAAUGGCUUUUCUUAUAACUGGUUGAUUGACGGCUUACCAGCCGCCAGAAGAUUGCAUGAUAAACGAACAGAUUCUGACUUUUAUGGUGCAGGUUUUGAAUUGGGAUUUGUUGAUAAAGAUGGGAAAGCUCAUCUAGAUAACCAUUUCGACAUUCAAAUCGAAUAUCACGAACGUGAAGAUGGUCAAUUCAGAAUUGUUGGUGUGACCGUGGAGCCACAUUCAUGGGAUAGAACUGAAGCUGAAUGCUCUGCCCAAGAAUAUCAACCAGUGUUUGUUUCACCAAAAGAUGCAACUAAUGUUGUUUUCACCUAUGAUAUUACUUUUGUUCCUUCAGCUACCGUUUGGGCAACUAGAUGGGAUAAAUAUUUGCAUGUUUAUGAUCCAAAAAUCCAAUGGUUUUCAUUGAUUAAUUUUUCAUUGAUUGUUGUUUGCUUAUCAUUAGUUAUGGCUCACAUUUUGGUUAGGGCUUUAAAGAAUGAUAUUACUCGUUAUAAUGAUGUCAAUUUAGAUGAUGAAUUCCAAGAUGAAUCAGGAUGGAAAUUAGUUCAUGGUGAUGUUUUCAGAGCUCCAAAAAAUCCAUUAUUAUUAUCAGUUUUAGUUGGUAGUGGUAUUCAGUUAUUCUUGAUGUCAUUUACAACUAUUGGUUUUGCUCUGUUGGGUUUAUUAUCCCCAUCUAAUAGAGGAUCUCUUUCAACGGUUAUGUUUAUUCUUUAUGCCCUUUUUGGAUCUGUGGGAUCAUUUAUUUCAGGGUCGAUUUAUAAAUUUUUCGGGGGUGAAAAAUGGAAGCUGAAUAUGAUCUUGACCCCAGUUUUAGUCCCAGGAGGUAUUUUAGUCACUUUUGCAUUUUUGAACUUUUUUUUAAUCUUUGUUAAAUCUUCAGGUGCAGUCCCAGCAGGUACAUUAUUAGCUAUAGUUGUUAUUUGGUUUAUUAUUUCAGUCCCGUUAUCUGCUGUUGGAUCGCUAUUAGCAUUGAAAAAAGAACAAUUAUCCCAACCAGUUCGUACUAAUCAAAUCCCAAGACAAAUUCCAACCCAACCAUUUUAUUUGAAAACAAUUAUUGUUGCAUUAGUUGCAGGAAUUUUCCCAUUUGGGUCAAUUUCGGUUGAAAUGUAUUUUAUUUAUUCAUCAUUAUGGUUUAACAGAGUCUUCUACAUGUUCGGGUUCCUAUUUUUCUGCUUCUUAUUGAUGGCCAUAACUACUUCUUUAGUUACUGUUUUAAUGACCUACUACACACUAUGUGCAGAAAACUAUAAAUGGCAAUGGAGAUCAAUGUUUAUUGCAGGUGGUUGUUCAAUUUAUGUCUUUAUCCAUGCAAUCAUUUUAUCCAAAUUUUCAUUAGGUGGAUUCACUACUAUUGUUUUAUAUGUUGGAUAUUCAUUAUUGAUUAGUGUUCUGGCAUUCAUAUUGACUGGUUCAAUUGGGUUUAUUGCCAGUUUGAUGUUUGUCAGAAAGAUAUACUCAUCUGUCAAGAUUGAUUAA